UGUCAAAUUCCAAACUAAACUUGUCUGAUUGAUUCUGAUAAUAUUACCCAUUUUUUCUAUAUUUAUUCAUUAUUGGUAAAAGUAAAUGUAGUUUAUGUGGAAAUUUCAUAUGUGAUUUGUGUAAAGUGCCAAAUUAAUGUUUUCACUUUUUUUGGUAUUAUGAAUCAGAUUAAUCAAAAUAUAAACAAAGAUAUGAUCGAUUUUGAUCUGAUUGACGUGGAAUCGUUGGAUUUUUCUGAUGAACAGACAUGGUUGUGCACAUUACCAGAUGACUCUGGUCGAAAAGUAGAUAUAAUAGAAUUCAAAUUAUCAUGUGAUUGGCCAGUCAAUGAAGAUGAAGAAUAUCUUAAUACAGAGAAAAAGUUAUAUGCCAUAUUGGAUAAUGUGCUCAAGAACGUCGAUGCGGACGACAUCGCAACGCCAGACAGGCACAAAUUCGACUCUAGAACCUACGUGAAGCCAAAAAGGCGGCCGCAGCGGCCCAGCAUCCAGAGUAUCGUAGAAGUGGCAUCAAAUCCACCCUCGAUGUCACCGCACCACUCCCUCAACCAGACCAACAAUAUCAACCAGACCAAUAGCACCAACCAGACCAAAUACCUGACGUACAACAAGUACAGCAACCCGCUGGGUCCGAUCAGCCCCAUGCUGAGGCUGAAGACGUUCAACGUUGACGUGAACACCGACAACAGUCACGUGGUUAAGGAGUUUGCUAUGAAACGGCGGAGUCAAGCGCCCGACGACGAUCCGCAGCUGGAAGACGAGCUAGAUAUGCAAUCAGAUGCAGAACGGCUGACGUCAGACCAGUCACGCUUCAAACCCAUCAAGGUGGACUUCACGCAACCUAUGAAUAACUUUAAUACAUUCAAUAAGGGUCUAACAAAUAUGAUGAAUGAAAGGGGAAGUUUAAAUAUGUACCAAAGUGGCGAAUCACUUAUGCGCAUGUCUCCACCGAGCCUCGUGUCUUCGCUGGUCAUGGAAAAUUCUGGCAAUUUCAACAUGGAAUCUUUGGAAGGCAAGAAAUCUUUACCGCCUCAAAAAGAUUUGGGUGUACCAAUGUCAGGUCGCAAUAGUAUAGAUCCGAUGAUGACAAGCAUGACCCUAAGUAUUCUAGACGAGAAAGACAUGAGCACCAGCUUCCUCUCACAGACCACAUACCCGGAUAACGAUAGCUUAAUAGACUCAUUACCGCCCAGUUUAGUCAGCUCAGUCAAUUCAUCCUACAUUAUAUCAAAUUCCUCACGAGCAAAAGCGGAUCCGGAACCGAAUAUCUUCAGUUCAGCGACUUUCACGAAUUUGGAGCAAUCCGAGAGAUUGCUGACCGCACGCCCGAGAUGCCAGUUAUACAAUAGUUUCAAACGUGACUCGAUCAGAAACUCGGAGAGCUACACGAAAGCUAGGGAGGAAGCGUGCCAAAUAGACACCGGGAAAGUCCUAAACGAGAACUGUGAUAACGUCACGCUCCAAACCAAAGAUUCGCCGAAACGGCAGAACGGCGAAAUGAGCGAGACCAUAACUCUGCACUAUUCAAACAACAAAUUCCGAAGGGACAUCGACGCCGAGAAGGAGAACAUGAAUUCCACCUUCGAGAAGGACGAUGCGUUCUUCAACGAAAUGGACGUGCAGAGACCGGUCGAGCAGGGUAAGAACAGCAUGAACGUGACGCUCGAUAAACAGGAGCUGAACGAGAUAAUCCAAGCGCGUCAGAAGCUCUCGUUGGCCAGGAAGGCGUUGCCGACGGAACCGGACAAACCUUUGCCGAAUCAAGUGGACGCGUCGCCGAUAAAAACCAUCCAACUACCGAACCAAACUAUAACAGUGCCAAGACAAAGUAUGGAGAAUGCGUCAGAAUUAUUGUCGAGGCGAAAAGCGUUGAAUAGAGAUGAGCCACCGCCCAGAGAGACGCCGAAACGGAAUGCGACGUUCAAAAAGGCUUCGCCCAAGAUGAAUCCGAAUGCAAUGGACGCUACGGUGGUGUAUGUGAAGUCGAAUGAAACUAACAUUAUCGAUAUUAACUCAGCCACUAUGAACCUGAUUGAUAAUGAGGAUAGAACGCUACAGCAAGAGGAGUGGGACUUGGAGCAGCGUGCGAUGGUGGGAUCCAGCGAGAGCACAGACACUGGAACCUUCAGCUCCAGCAGCCCUCCGGACCUUAUCGACCAUCCACGGUUAUCGGUAGCCUCCACACCGCUGAUGAGUAUACGGAAGGGAUCCAAGAAUGAGCUGAUGAACCUGCACAGCACGAUAUCGCCCAUUUACGAUGUGAUCGAUGACAAAUCUUAUACAAUGACCAAAGCGCCCAGUACUAACAAUAUGGAAAGAACAUACGACAUGAACACAACGGUAAUAAACAGCGCUACGUUAGUGAAGAAAUCAUCGGCGAAACGAGACAUAUUGGCUCCGAAAAGCAGCCCGGAUAAGAAGAUACCCAGUCCAGUGCAUGUUAGGUCACCGCCGGGGAAGGUUGCUCCUAAUUAUGCUAUGCCAGCCACAUCAACGACGAUAAUGCCGCCACCGUCCACUGUUCCUAAGAAAACGAAUCUACCCACCUCCAAGUUGAGACAAUAUAGUUCACACAAAGAACUCAACAGAAUACCCGGAAAUAUACCGCAAUCUCGCGCGCUCGGCCGCACGAUGGUGCGCCGCGGCGUGUACGCGUCCAACCCUGCGCUGAGUCCCACGGCCGCUGCGCCUGCGCCGACGCGACGGGAAUCCGUUGUCUUACCGCCCACACAGAGCGAGCACGGCGAGGUGCACGUGGACAAGCUGUCGCGGGGCGCGCUCACCGCGCCGCCCGCGCUCGUGCGGCAGGCCACCGAGACGCUGCGCCGGGAGCGCCCGCACGCGCACAUCGUGCCGCCCAAGGACUUGCGCCUGUGUGCGGGCGGCGCGGGAGUCGUCAUGCGGAACCAGUAUGCGAUCCCGCCCACAACGCGUCCACAUUCAUUGGCGGGCAGUUCACAACUGCGCGUCAGCAGACCAACAUCUGUACCUUCACAGCGGCCGGCACCGGGUGAUUAUUUUCAGUGA